AUAGCAGAAUAUUAAACAGAGGAAAUAACUUCAAAAUUAAUUGUCUUGUUUGCUUUAAUGUUGCUGGUCUUAAGGUUAAUAUACUCUUGAUUGAACCUCAUGAGUAUUCACGAACAGAGUUAGCCCAGUCAAACAAGAAAAAAGAAAUAGACCCCAAAAAGAAUAUUAGUUAUGGUUUUUAAGAACCAAAUCCUGAAUUUAAAUAUGAAAAUAGUGAAAUUAGGAUUGCGCCUUUUUUAGCCGAGGAAGUACAAUACAAUAUAAAAAAUAUUGAAUAGAUCGAAUGGUUAAACACAUUAAAAAAAAAACCGCGUUACAUGUUAGUAAAGAAAAUAGAGGGAUUAUAUCCCAUGGAGUACCCUUUUUAUGAUUAAAGAAAAUAAAGAAUUCAGAAUUCAUUUCCUACGCGUGCUGCCAAAACUUAAGAUAUGUUGAUGGAUACGGUGACGUUACAGAUAAUGAUUGGCUCAGCCUUAUUGCCUUGAAAGUUUAUCUUUGUUUUGCGUAUUUAGUGGAUUAUUGUGAAAAAUCUCAAGUUGAAACUAACCGGAGAAUAAACGUAUGGUCGUCGUUGCCAUCCACCCCAUGUCGCCUCGAUUCAGUAUCCUGUACCUUCAAAACAUGUCUUUGUCACUGAUAUAUAAACCUAUGGUUUAUCGGACCUACAUAUAAGUCACAAAAGUAUGAUGUUUUUCAAGACACAGGAUCUCAAUCCAUGUCGCCUCGCCGGCCGGCGCUCUUGCCAAAACCCACAUGCUUCUAGCGCACGUCCGUCGUGAGAAGCCGCCAUGGCCAAUGGUGAGUCUCACGUGUUGGCCUUGCCCUUCCCGGCCCAGGGCCACGUCAUCCCUCUAAUGGAGCUCGCCCACUGCCUCGUCGAGCAUGGCGUCAAGGUGACCUUCGUUAACACCGAGGUCAACCAUGGCCGCAUUCUUGGCGCCUUGGAUGAUGCCAGCCAUGGCGGCGAGCUUGGAGGCGUCGACAUGGUGUCCAUAUCGGAUGGGCUGGGCCAUGGCGACGACCGGAGCGAUCUCGGCCGGCUCACCGAGUCGCUCUUGUUGGCCAUGCCCAGCGAGCUGGAGAAGCUCGUCGGGAGGAUCAACGCCAGUGCGUCGGCGGCGGGCGGAGGCGGGAGGGAGGUGACAUGGAUGGUCGCCGACGUGAACAUGGCGUGGGCGUUUCCCGUGGCGAAGAAGCUCGGCCUCCGCGUCGCCGGCUUCUGCCCUUCGUCGGCGGCGAUGUUCGUGACGAGGAUUAGGAUCCCUGAGCUGGUGAGGGAUGGCGUUCUUGACGAGAGCGGCAUGCCGCGGUGGCGCGGCGCGUUCCGGCUUGCUCCGGCGAUGCCGCCCGUCGACACGGCGGAGUUCUCGUGGAACCGCGCCGGCGACCCCAGGGGCCAGCCGGCCAUCUUCCGGCUGAUCCUCCGGAACAACGCGGCCACGCACCUCGCCGAGGCCAUCGCCUGCAACUCCUUCGAGGAGCUCGAGUCGGGUGCCUUCGCCGUCGACGUCCCGGGCCGCGUGCUCCCCGUCGGCCCGCUGGCCUCCGGCGGCAAGCCGGUCGGUGGCUUCUGGCCCGAGGACGCCUCGUGCGCGGCGUGGCUCGACGCGCAGCCGGCGGGCUCCGUCGUGUACGUCGCGUUCGGCAGCAUCGCCGCCCUCGGCGCCGCGCAGCUCGCCGAGCUCGCCGAGGGGCUCGCGCUGACCUCCCGGCCGUUCCUGUGGGUGGUGAGGCCGGGCACCGCGAGCGAGCGGUGCCUCGACGGGCUCCGCCGCCGCGCCGCGCCGCGCGGCCGCGUCGUGGGCUGGUGCCCGCAGCGGCGCGUGCUGGCGCACGCGUCCACGGCGUGCUUCGUCUCCCACUGCGGCUGGAACUCCGUCGUGGAAGGCGUCAGCAACGGCGUGCCGUUCCUGUGCUGGCCGUACUUCGCCGACCAGUUCCUCAACCAGAGCUACAUCUGCGACGUGUGGAGGACGGGGCUGAGAAUGGCCGCGCCGGCGCCGGCGACGGCGCCGGCCGACGAAGCGUCGGCACGGCUCGUGGCGAGGCAACUGAUACGGCGCAAGGUGGAGGAGCUGAUCGGCGACCAGGAGACGAAGGCAAGGGCGAUCGUGCUGCGGGACGCUGCCAGUCUCGCCGUCGGCGACGGCGGGUCGUCGCGCCGGAAUCUCACACGGUUCUUGGAUCUCAUUAGAAGUUAGAGGCUGAUUGGAUGGAUUACUCACUUUACCAAACUUCUAUGCCACAAGUGUGGUAUGCCAUAGUUUCUAUGGCACAAAAAAGAGAGCCACACUUGUGGCAAAUUUUUGUUAAUAAGUGAGUGUAUGACAUGUGGGCCAUGAGAGUAGAAAAGUGUGGCAUGCUAAAUCUUUGGCUUCAACCAAACAUUUACACCAAAAAGUCAAACUUGACUAACUAUAGUGUGGCAAUG